AUGAAGCCUGCCGCCGGCGGCGCUGCGCAUCCUCCAUCAGCCUCCACAUCACCGGCGCACAAUAGCGCAGGGAGGAGGAGGAGGCAGCACCGGGCUCCCCCGCCGGCCACAGCCCAGGAAGGGGCAACCAAGCGAGCUCCGAGACACCCAGGCAGGUCCAGGUCUCCUCUGCCCGCAGAAAAGAGCAGACACAUCGGGGAGAGGGACAGUUUGAGGUCCGCCGACGGAAGGGAGAGGGAGCCCGAGAGCCGCGGCGGCGCAGCUGUUCACCCGGAUGGUGCUGAAGCUGAGGGAGACGCAUCAAACAGGGCGGAUGCUGCCGGGGAAGAUCCGACAGAUUCAUCAGCAUCGGCCCGGCGCUCCGCUUCACGCCUGCCCUGCUUGAAGGGCGACUCAUCCCAGAGUCUGUUGCCCGGCAGAGCUGCGUCUUCGCCUGCAGAGGAAGAGGAGACACCCGGGGAGGAAGGAGGCCGGAGAGAGAGGAGCGGCUGCGGAGCGGGCCUUGGUUUCGGUUUGUGGAGAGGAGGAUGCUUACAGGCUGAACUCAUCCAGUUCCACCUGCAGAAGACACUGGGGAGAAGCGCCGGGAGGAUGCAAACCAAGACGGAUAACGUGGGGACGGAGGAGGCCGCUGUGGGGGAGCCGGAGCCGGCCGCAGAGGCGACAGAGGCGGGGUCCGUGACACAGCAGGACCAGGCCUUUGAGGACGAGAUGGAGAGACUGCUUGACGAGAAUGAAGAUCUUAAGUGUGAGAUUGAGGAGAUGAGGGCCGAGAUGGACGAGAUGCGGGACACAUUCUACGAGGAAGACACGUGUCAGCUGCAGGAGAUGAGGCGUGAGCUGGAGAGGGCCAACAAAAACUGCCGGAUCCUGCAGUAUCGUCUGAGGAAGGCCGAGAGGAAGAGGCUGCGCUACGCCCAGACGGGGGAGAUCGAUGAGGAGCUGCUCAGGAGUCUGGAGCAGGACCUGAAGGUAGCAAAGGAUGUGUCCGUGAGGCUGCACCACGAGCUGGAAAAGGUGGAGGAGAAGCGCACCAAGACGGAGGAGGAGAAUGAAAAACUGAGGCAGAAACUCAUUGAGGUGGAAGUGACCAAGCAAGCGCUGCAAAAUGAACUAGACAAAACCAAAGAGUCUCAAAAGAGAAGAGGAAGCAAGGACAUCCAAAAGACGGACAGGAAGUUAGCACAGACUCCUACAGAGGAGGACAAUGAGGACCUUAAGUGCCAGCUAGCUUUCAUCAAAGAGGAAGCGGUGCUCAUGAGGAAGAAGACGGCCAAGAUUGACAAAGAGAAGGACCGUCUGGAGCAAGAGCUGCAGAAGUACCGCUCCUUCUAUGGUGAGCUGGACAGCACCCAUCAUAAAGGAGAGGUCGGGGGUCCCCCCACCACCCGGGAGUCAGAGCUGAAGCUCCGCCUCCGCCUGGUGGAGGAGGAGGCCAACAUCCUGGGGAGGAAAAUAGUGGAGUUGGAGGUUGAGAACCGCGGCCUGAGGGCCGAGCUCGACGACCUCCGUGGGGAAGAGGGCGCCGGAGGCUCUGGGUGCGGAGGGAUGGGUGGGUCGGGUUCGGGGCGAGGCCUGGGUGACGAUCUGACGGAGCUCCGACAGCAGCUGCAGCUGGUGGAGGACGAGGCGGAGCUGCUGAGGAGGAACCUGGCUGAUGUUGAGGAUCAAAACAAGAGAGUGACCACCGAGCUGAACAAGUUACGGUUCAAAGCCGGCACCCACGAGGGAGGCAGGCACGGGAGUGGAGGGGGAGGAGGGAUUGAUGGAGCAAAGGCAGAGGCCCUGCAGGAGGAGUUAAAGGCAGCAAGGCUUCAGAUUAAUGACCUGAGUGGCAAGGUGAUGCAGCUGCAGUACGAGAACCGCGUGCUCCUCUCCAACAUGCAGCGCUACGACCUGGCCUCCCACCUCUCCCUGCGGCCCAGCCCACGGGACAGCGACGCAGAGAGCGACGCCGGCGGCGCCACAAGUGGUCGGCGCGAGAGUGACGAGGACUCCAACUCCUCCCGCCUCCUCCCGCCGCACCGCAAACGCGAGGGCCCCGUGGGUGGGGAAAGUGACCCAGAUGAGGUCAGAAACACUAAUGGAAGCAGCCGUUGCCUGACGCCCACAAGGGGCCUCUACACCCCCACUGGGCACGAGGGUGCAGCCUCCUCCGCCCUGGCCCGCUUCCUGCCUGGUGGGCGGUGCACCCUGAGAGAGAGGCAGCACAUGACCGACAUCCGUGUGGAGGCCGAGAGGCUGGCUCGGACCAUCGACCGGCUCAUCGCUGACACGGCCACCAUCAUCUCGGAGGCGAGGGUCUUCGUUUCAAACGGCGACCUGAUGUUCGGGAGGGGAGGCGAUGAGGGUGGAGAGGAAGAUGGGGGCAGGAUCAGGGAGCAUGAGCUGCUGUAUCGCAUUAACGCCCAGAUGAAGGCCUUCCGCAAAGAGCUGCAGACCUUCAUAGACAGACUGGAGGUGCCAAGGCUCGAGGACAGGGACACGGAGGAGCCACUGUCGAUGUUCCAGCCUAUCAUUUUGCUCAUCCUCAUACUUGUGUUAUUCUCAUCCCUCUCUUACGCCACCAUCUUUAAACUAGUCUUUCUUUUUACUCUCUUCUUUGUUCUGUGA